AUGGCUUCUGAGGAGGCUGGUCUUUCGGGGACCGGUGAAUGGGAUCAAAUUCCGCCGGAAAUUAAGAAAAAGUGCAUAUCACACAUGGACUGCAAGAGCAGGUCGGUUUUUACGAUUUCGAGUAGUGAGAUUUGAAAAUUGAGCAGAUUCAAGUUGCCUAGCUAUAUAAAAUUUUUUUGAUUUAGAGUCAACCUGAGACAAAUGGCCAGUCCGGAAAAGGCGCUCGUUGACAAAACGCCGUACUUGUUCCACAGUGUGGAAGUGAAUCACAGUGGACACUUCAUUCCACACAUCUUUGUCAUCAUUCGCUACCAGGACAAAACGAAGAAAGAGUACAAAAUGCGAUCGUAUGUAGAUCACCUGUUGCCGUAAAAGUCAAUGUUUCCAGGUACAACGCUGAACAGCUUGAGAAGAACGCUAAGAUGUAUCACGGUGGAAUCGAAUUCCUCAGGAGCGUUCUGAAGUUUGGAAAAACUGAAAUAUUCAAGUUCUCUGGAGAUUUGCCGGCGUGGGAGGACAAUCCGCUCAGAAAAAUGCUGAAAGAAACUGGCAUCCGCGCUUUGCAUCUCACAGUAAACAGCCACACUCAUACAACUGAUCUGCUUAACUUCUGCAAGGAUCCGGUGAUUUCAAUCCGUGAAUUCGGAUUGGUCUUCUUGAAUACGAAUGAGAUGCACUCUCAUCCAAAGGUCCGAACUCGAGUAACUUAAGUUUUACGCAACGUCUCAUUCCAGGUUCUCACUGCCCACUACAUUCACUUCGAUACUUUUUCUGAUAGCCUGUGGACUCAGUGCUGCCUUCUGAAGGUCUUAAUUUAAAUGGUUGUCUGAUCGAAUCAGAAUAUUCAGCACUGGAUUGAGAACGACGUUCCCAUCGGUACUUCGUUCUCCAUGAAUGACAGGUGUAACCAAGAAACGACAUGGAAGUUUUCCGAAACGUUCAAGAGUAGAGUUGUGUACGAACUUGAAAAAUUAUAGAGUAUGUCCUAUUUUUUUUUUGUUUCAGCCACUGUGUGAAAAUUGAGAGAAAGAGGGGGUGGGAUGGGGGCGAAAUGAAGGUCCUGCCGCGGGAAGAAUUGAAACAGCUUUGUCUCCGUACUAAAAACAGAAACAAGAACAUUAUCAUUUUCUUGAAAGACGAAGAAAUCACUGCCACCGUGAUUCCCUCCGCAGCUCGUGAACUUAAUGAGGAAAUGUAUAAGGAGAUGAGGGACGGACACGUGCAAAGAAGCGACUUCAUGUUCGAGCCCGGUAAGUAAUCAGGUUAUUGAAGCAAGCAAUCACUACCUCAAUUCAUAUUUCUGGAACUUUCAGUUUCUAAAGGUCACCAGGAGUCCAAAAAAGCACUCAAAACCGGCGAAUUCCCAGCUGAAGAGGGUCAAUCGACUUCAGCGGCGGUUGGAGAGGAAGACGAGCUAGACGAAGAAGAACCAUCUCAGAAUUAGGUGAGCAAAUCGUUCUCCAGUUCUGAUCCCUAUGAUACAGUUCUUCAUUCUUUCAGAUCAUCCAAUCUCAAAUUGCCAUGUCAACAUCAUCUCCGUCCACCUAAUCAAGUAUCCUAUCAAAUAAAAUUCUCGUUGAAUUACAUUUUGACGGUUUUUUGUGGUUGCGGUUCUUGUUAAACAAUGUAUUACAAUUCUUGAUUUUUUUAAAUGUCUUCUUAGUUUUUUCGAAUUCCGUAUGUUUCGGAAGUAAAACCUAUUGGAUUUGUCAUGUUUUAUAGAUUGAACUUAAAAUUUCUUGCAGGAUGAACCGGCCCGAAGAUUCAGAGAAUAAAGCGAACUGGGACGUCAUCCCUGUGGAAAUAAAGCAGAAGUGCAUUGGAUACGCGAACUUCAAAGCGCGGUGAGCCAUUCGGAAUGUAAUAAAAAUCUAUCGAUUGUAUCUUUUUACAGAUUGAACUUGCGAGCUACUGCUCGUCUUGAGAGAAACCUCGUUGAUCGAACUCCGUACAUGUUCGACUGUCUUGAUGUCACGCACUUCGAGUACAUGCAUGUACUCACAAUCAACCUGUCAAGUGACAUUAGCAAUAUGACCAAUGACGUUCAUGAACAUAACACCUUCCGUUUUAGCAGCAUGACGUAAUGUUUAAUAUCAUUGAUAUUCAAUAUCGGCGGCUUAUUCCAGUACUAGAGACCCACCUCCGGAAGCCUACCAAAAAACCGUUGAGGUGCUCAAAUGCAUUCUGGAGUACGCACCAAUUAGAAUUCUGAAAUGGAGCGGUUCAACGGGUUUGGAUGGUGCAAAUCCACUCGUGCAAAUGCUCGAACGGACAAAGAUUCGUGCCCGGAAUUUGGUGGUGAACACGCACAAAACUGCGAACAUUCUGUUGGAUUUUUGUGAGGGUCCGAUUGAUUCGAUUCGCGAGUUGGCCAGCAUUAACUCGGGUGUGGUUCCGACUAACGCUUUCUCUUUGAAUCCGAAGGUAAUUACUAUCACCCAAAAAGCGGUCACUUCGGUUUUUUCAUCAGGUUCACAAAGCAAGACAUGUGCAGCUGAUAAAUCGCCGAAGCUUCCCACAAUACCAGAUCACAAUUGCAAAAGUGAGAAAAAGGGAGAGCGUACGUGAUCAUGUAAUCAUGGGAUUUUUCAGAAAUGGAUCGAGAUUGACGCUCCUUGUGGGACCACUUGCUCACACGUCGAUCAAAAUAGUUUGGAUGACGUUGUGCGUCAAUUCAAGAGGGUUUUUCAAAACAGAAUCAUGUAAUUUAAACAUUUGAAUUCAUCUCAUAAUCUAAAAUUUUAGCGAUCAAUUCGAUAAUGGCGAGGAGAGAACUCCGAGACGUCGAAAUGCGAGAGACACCCACUGGGAACUGCGUAUACGCACCAACAACGAGCACAAGCACCUUAUCUUUCGGGAGUUUGACGAGGAAACGGUCAUUGCAAUGGUGCCAGACACCUUCGCGAAACUAGAUUUUGCCGAGUACAAGAAAAUGCGAGAUUUGGGGGAGGACGCAAAGCGUUACCUGUUUGAAGAACACAGAAACGCUGACCUGUGGUAUGAGAGGCCAGAACCGCUUGACAUGGAAGGAAAUCGAGUUUCUCUCCUACUGUAUGACAACUGAUAAUCUCAAUUUUAAGCAGCAAGUCCUUUAUUUCGCACUUUGAUAUUUUGAUUCUGCAAUUUUUUAUCUGUUUCAGCAGAUCCAUUACCUAAUAUUUUGCAAACAUAUUUACAUCUGCAUCAAUUCCUCUCUAAAUUAUUUUUAACUUUUAAAAUAUUCCCCUCGAGAAUACCGCAAUUUGAUUCUUUGUAACAAUGAUCAUUUCAACCAGACGCAACUCUAUUGUCUAUUUAUUUUCAUUUCCUAAUAAAGCCAUCUUUAGAAACAGACAGAGCUCAGCGCGUAUGAGUCAUAAAGGGCGCAUCAUCUUCUUUUUUCGGUCACUUUGUACAGAAUGUCGCUUUUUGUACCGAUAAGGCCUUCGUUUGCUUAGUCAGUCCCCUCCGACCGAACAUGAAUCACAUGUGGUUGGUGAGUUGUCUCAUCGCCGAUUCGCGUAGCGCCUCAAUUGCGAAAUACCCAAUUUUCUUCUUACUCUUCCUCGCUUCAACUUGUUUUUCAACUUCCCCCGCACUUCUAUCGAUUUUCAUCGAUGGCGGCUAAUAAGAAAUGAGCGGUCGAUGAACGACGAGUUUACAGCCGAUCCUCUGUUUGCGUGAACCUCCCUCCCGUCGAGUGUUUGGAAGAAUUGGCCAGUCGCAGACGUCAAAAGACGUUUUGCUGUCCAAUGCUCGGUCCCAGAGCGAGGGCGAGCAGAGAGAGAGCGGCUCUUGUUCGCUGUUGACCCUCUUUUUCUCACAACAAUAAUACUCAUUUCCCUCGAUUCUUCUCUUUUUUCUCCAUCUCCUUUCCAUUUUUAGUAGCUGGCCGAUCAAGUCUCUUAUUGAUAAGGACAAUCAACAACAGCGUAAUUAGCGGGCGUGAGGUGUUCCAGGUUUGACCUGGAAGAGGAAAUACCGGCCCGCGGGAUUUGGUGGCCACGAGUGUCGUCAGGGUCAAACGCGCAUUCUGUCCAUUCACGAGUGUCACUCCCGCGUUGGUUCUCUCCGGGCUGUCCGCCUCUCUCCGCCUGGCUCGCAUGAAUUUAUUGAUUUUUCGGGCGCACUGUCCUGCACCCUCGGAUCACCCUCCUCUCAUCGCUUGCCCGUUUUUUUCUGCCUACUUUUUAAUUUUUUAAUCUAAAUCAUUGUCAGUAUUUUCAGAAUGUCGGAGUUUUCUCAAAUCGCCCAGUUCGUGUCGUUGCCGCGCACCACAAGAGGAACUGCUGUCGUCCUCGGUAUGUUUCGCAACAAAAACGCCAACACCAAAUGCUGCUUUUUCAGGAAACACUCCCGCCGGCGACAAGAUCCAAUACUGCAAUGGUACGUCGGUGUACACGGUCCCAAUCGACGACCUGAAAAACGCGGAGAUCUACACGGAGCACUCGCACCAAACGACCGUCGCCAAGACCAGCCCAACCGGUUACUACUGCGCCUCCGGAGACAUCCACGGAAACGUCCGCAUUUGGGACACCACCCAAACCACUCAUAUCUUGAAGACGACGAUCCCGGUCUUCUCUGGUGCUGUCAAGGAUAUCGCAUGGGAUAGCGAGAGCAAGAGAAUUGCUGCUGUAGGAGAGGGAAAGGAACGUUUCGGACAUGUCUUCCUUUUCGACACCGGAACCUCGAACGGAAAUCUUACCGGACAAGCUCGCGUGAUGAACAGUGUCGAUUUCAAACCGUCGCGCCCGUUCCGAAUUAUUUCUGGCUCAGAUGAUAACACGGUCGCCAUUUUCGAAGGACCUCCAUUCAAGUUCAAGAAUGUAAGUCGGAAGAUAUAUUGGAAUUGUACUAAUCGUAAUUAUUCAGACUUUCCAUGAGCACAGCAAGUUUGUUCACUCGACCCGUUACAAUCACGACGGUUCGUUUUUUGCUUCCACCGGAGGAGAUGGAACAAUCAUUCUGUACAAUGGAGUUGACGGAACCAAGGUCGGAACGUUCGAGGACGAUUCUCUAAAAGGAGUCGCCCAUUCCGGAAGUGUCUUCGGGCUUUCGUGGAGCCCUGAUGGGUCUAAGCUUGCGUCCGCUUCUGCCGAUAAGACCGUCAAGAUAUGGAAUGUUUCAACGUUGAAGGUCGAUAAGACCAUCGUUAUUGGCACAAGAAUCGAGGACCAACAGCUGGGAAUCGUCUGGACCAAGAAGGCACUCGUGUCUAUAUCCGCCAACGGAUUCAUCAACUUCUUGAACGCCGAACUCGGAUCUGUGGAUGAAGUCCGUUACGGACAUAACAAGGGAAUCACUGCCCUUACGAAGAGCGCCGACGGCAAGAAACUGUACAGUGCCGACGCUGAAGGACACAUUGGUAAGAAAAUAACGUUAGAGUGAUCUAUUCUUAUUUUAUUUUCAGCGUCAUGGGAUAUCGCCACCGGAAAGUCGCAUAGAGUGUUCCCCGACGUGCACACUACCAUGAUCACUGGAAUCCAGGCGACCACCAAGGGAGAUCUGCUCACUGUCAGCUGGGAUGAUAAUCUGAAAAUCGUGCCAGCAGAAGCAUCGGAAGUGAACUCCAACAAGGCCAUCAGCAACAAGUUGUCGUCGCAACCGCUCGGACUGGCAGUCUCCGCCGAUGGAGAUAUUGCCGUUGCCGCUUGCUAUAAGCACGUGGCCAUCUACAAGCAAGGACAGCUCGUCGAGGUACCAAUCAACUACAAUGCCUUAUCCGUUGCUCUGUCCAGUGACAAACAAUAUGUAGCUAUUGGUGGACAGGAUUCAAAGGUUCAUGUCUAUAAACUGGCCGGAACCAGUCUCUCUGAAGUAAAGACUAUUGUUCAUCCUGCUGAGAUUACUGCUGUCGCCUUUUCGGACAACAACGCUUUUCUCGUUGCCACCGACCAAUCUCGCAAGGUACGGAAUUCAGAAUCGUUAAAGCCUUAAACUCAUCUAUUUCCAGGUUAUCCCGUACUCGGUCGCCAACAACUUCGACGUUGCAGCCCAAAAUUCGUGGACAUUCCACACAGCGAAGGUUGCGUGCGUUUCUUGGUCACCAGACAACGUACGUCUGGCCACUGGCUCGCUGGACAACAGCAUCAUUGUUUGGAACAUGAACAAGCCGUCCGAACAUCCGAUCAUUAUCAAGGGAGCUCACGCGAUGUCGUCUGUCAAUGCAGUGCUGUGGCUCAAUGAGACCACCAUUGUGUCGGCAGGUCAGGAUUCGAACAUCAAGUUCUGGAAUGUUCCAUUGUAA